AUGGGUUGCGAAGAGCGCUCGACGCAAACGUACUCCCUGUGGUAUGUCGGCGUCAUCAUGAGCGUUGGCGCGUCCGUGUGCACCAACAUGGGGGUGAACUUGCAAAAGUACUCGUUCAUGCGCGAAUGCAAAAAGCCCACGGCCACCAAGCGCGGGUACAUUCGUCAGCCCUUGUGGAUGCUCGGGCUGUGGCUCGUCAUCUUUGGCAGUUUGGGCGACUUUGGCGCGCUCGGCUUUAUUCCGCAGUCCCUGGCAACGCCCGUGGGGGGGUCGACGAUUGUCGCGAACGUGUUCUUUGCCCACAAGUUUCUCCAUGAGGUGUUUACCCGACGGGACGGCAUCGGGACUGCUUUGAUUCUCACGGGCAUUGUCGUCGUCGCGGCGUUUGCGGACAAGUCGAAUGGGUGCCAUACCCUCGACCAGCUCAUUGCGUUGUACGGUCAGCCGGCGUUUAUCGCCUACGUCGUUCUCGUGAGUGUGACGAUGGCCGUGGUUUACAUCUUCGUGCGUCGGAUUCGGUCGAUUGUCGCGACCUGCGGCAAGAAUUCCAAACAGUACCGACGGUUUGUCACGUUUCACUCGCUGGCGAACCCUGCGCUCUCUGGCGUGUUCGGUGCCCAGAGCGUCCUCUUGGCCAAGUCGGUGGCCGAGCUCAUCAAGAGCACCAUCGCCGGAGACAACCAAUUCACGACGGUGGGCACAUACGCCAUCGCGCUCGGCAUGUUUGGUUGCAUCUUCCUCCAGAUUCACUGGCUCGCACAAGGGCUCGAGCAUUUUGAUGCGGUCUUCGUCGUCCCAAUAUUUCAGUGCGUGUUCAUCUCGACGUCGAUUCUUGGCGGAGCUGUCUACUUUGGAGAGUUUGCCACCAUGUCGACCACAACGAUUAUCAUGUUUCUUGUGGGGGUCGUCAUUACGCUGUCAGGGGUUGGCAUUCUGUCCCAACGGGACAUGGCGUCGCUAAAACCCAAGCAGAAGCUGCGCGCAUGUGUCUACAUGGUCAUCUUUAUGAAGCGCACGCAGAAGUGCAAAGGACUCAAGUACCAGUGGGUCGCCUUGUCGAGUCUCGAGCAAAACGUCAAACAGGCAGCGAUGAAAUCAACGUUGUCUUUGUCCAAGCUCAAGUCGAGCUCGAUCCAUCCCAUCCACGUGUCGACAACACCGUCCGACGCUGGAUUUCAGCUCAACGUCUCGGCCUCGACGAAAUAA